AUGGCCUCGACAAAUCCCCCGUUGCUGCUGAGUGGAAGCGUUGCGCCGGUUACACCGGAAACGAGCACUCCGGCGGCGUUCUACAACUCCGGUCCUAAAAUCUGGGAAAAAGCUCUGAAUUACACAAUUUUGCAAGUCAACCUUGACAAUGUUGUUCAAGCGGCGAACAACGACAGCGGAGUCGGCGGUGACGGCGGCGUCGUCACGACAACGUUGCUCAGCGUUUUUAACGACACGAUGGCGGGAACGAUGGGGGCCAACAUCACGGGAUCUGCGACGAACGAUGCGUUACACACAAACCUCGAAUUCAUCCUGAUCGCGUUCAUGGGAGCGUUUUUCUCCAUAAUCACCAUCGUAGGCAACCUCAUGGUGAUGAUCAGCAUCAAGAUGGACAAGCAGCUUCAGACGAUAUCGAAUUACUUUCUCUUGAGUUUGGCGAUAGCCGAUUUCUCGAUAGGGAUCAUUUCGAUGCCCUUGUCGACGUACUACAUGCUCUACAACUACUGGUAUCUAGGUCCUUUCAUGUGUGACACCUGGCUAGCGUGGGACUACCUUACGAGUAAUGCGUCAGUGCUAAAUCUGUUGAUAAUUUCGUUCGAUAGAUAUUUUUCGGUGACGCGUCCGUUAACGUAUCGAGCGUUUCGCACAACGAGACGUUCCGCCCGUUGGAUUGCCAUUGCGUGGGUGAUAUCAUUGUUGUUGUGGCCUCCGUGGAUCUACGCCUGGCCGUACAUCGAGGGAAAACGAUCCGUGCCCGAAGGCCAAUGCUAUAUCCAGUUCUUCGAAACGAACAUUUACGUCACGUUCGGCACGGCGCUAGCCGCCUUCUACAUUCCAGUGUGUGUUAUGUGUAUACUCUACUGGCGGAUUUGGCAGGAAACCGAAAAACGUCAACGCGAUCUGACACAUCUCCAAGCGGGCAAGGGCAUGCCUUCGUCCAGUGGCUGCCGACGGAACAAGUCAGGCGAGCUGGCAGGAGGCGGUGGGGGCAACUUCAAUCAAUUAGACGCAGGAGGAGGGCUCGAUCACAAUAACAGAACAGCGAGCACCCUGUGUCUGGAAUCCGGUCGGUAUCUCCCAUCGUCUUCGCCACGCAGAAGCCUCAGGGACGUGCUUUUCGCUUGGUGUCGCAGCGACAAACUGCACGACGAUGACUCGUGUUCGAGCCACGGCUCGCCUAAUGCCCAAACACCGACCUCGGCAGAAACGCCCAUUAGAGCUGAUAGCAUGCAGUACAAGCCGCUACAGAACAUCCCUCUAACUGACAGGCAGCAUCAAACCUCGACCCGUUCGUUCUCGAGCGACUCGGUUUAUACGAUUCUCAUCCGACUGCCAACUCAGACGAGCGUCGAUCUCGACGGGGAAAUGUCCCAGGCUUCGAUCCGAAUGAUUCUCGAGGACGACGGUCCACCUCCGUGCCAAUCGACGAAACCGAUUCCUCGCAGCAAGUCGGCGUCGAGUAACGCGCCUUCACGCGAACCUCUCCUGCUGAACACGAAGCUCGUCGCUCAGCAGACGACUAAACGCCUGCCGAAGAAGAAACGGAAACAUCAGGAACGCAAAGCCGAAAGGAAGGCAGCCAAAACACUAUCUGCGAUUCUUCUGGCGUUCAUAGUGACUUGGACACCGUACAACGUUCUCGUGCUAAUCAAAACGCUCAGUCCAUGCGACGACGACAAUGACUGCAUACCCCAGGGUCUGUGGAACUUCGCCUAUUGUCUCUGUUACAUAAACAGCACAGUCAACCCCUUGUGCUACGCGUUAUGCAACGCCAAUUUCCGUCGGACGUACGUACGGAUUCUAACGUGUAAAUGGCGUACGAAAAAACAACGUCAUCGAGGUUACUUCAGCUAA